AUGCAAGAAAAGACAUACCCAAGUCGAUGACAAGAACUCGGGGGUUGUUAGAAAGAAGUUCCCUCAGAUAGGGCCUGCGUAAAUUUUUCCGCGUCAGUAAGUGAGAAAAGAAGAAAAGAACGUUGUCCUUGUCUGGGAGGAGUUAGUAUGGGGGUGGGCGAGGACAAGAUUCAAAAGACAACGUUGCCGGACGAGAGACAAUUGAAGGCAAAAGCUUAUGCGAUAGGAGGAGGAGGAGGAGGAGGAGGAGAGUAUUCCGAUAUCUGGAGGAAGAUGGCCAAGUGUCUGGGCGGUGGUAAAGUGACCAAGAGAUGUGUGAAAGAGUCCAAGAAGACGUGGGAAAUAGCCGCACCUGCUAUUCUCACGGCAGUUGCGCAGUUCUCGAUUGGAAUUGUGACUGCUGCGUUUGUUGGUUACGUGGGCGACGUAGAGCUUGCUGCUGUCUCUGUUGUUCAGAAUGUGCUUGAAGGCUUUGUCUAUGGGGUCAUGCUAGGGAUGGGAAGCGCCCUGGAGACGCUCUGUGGCCAAGCUGUUGGUGCAGGGAAACUGCACAUGCUGGGUAUCUACAUGCAAAGAUCAUGCAUCAUCACCGGCGUCACAGCCUUGCUUCUAACCCCUGUCUAUAUUUUUGUAUCACCAAUACUUCAAAUCCUUCGUCAAGACAAGCAUAUUUCUGUCCUUGCUGGGAAGUACUCUUUGUGGGUAAUUCCGCAAUUAUAUGCUUAUGCCUUAAACUUUCCUGUUCAAAAGUUCUUGCAAUCUCAAAGUAAAGUUUGGGUCAUGACCAUCAUCUCCUUAGUGGCUCUGGCACUACAUUGUCUAUUGAAUUGGGUGUUCCUAUCAAACCUUCAAUAUGGCCUUCGAGGUGCUGCCAUAGCUGGAAAUAUAUCAUGGUGGUUCUUGGUUGUGGCUCAAACAAUAUAUGUGGUCGGUGGUUACUUCCCUGAGGCGUGGACCGGUUUCUCUAUGCUUGCUUUCAAGUCGCUAGCCGGCUUCGUGAAACUGUCGCUGGCGUCAGCCAUUAUGUUAUGCUUGGAGCUAUGGUAUUACACAGCCGUUAUUCUCAUGGUGGGAUGCUUGAAGCAUCCAGAAAUUGCAGUUGACGCCAUUUCAAUCUGCAUGAAUUUGCAAACCUGGGUCCUGAUGAUUGCCCUAGGCUUCAAUGCUUCAGUGAGUGUGCGGGUGUCCAAUGAACUCGGUGCCGGUGAUGCCAAAGCAGCUAAGUUCUCGGUAGUGAUCAAUGUUUUGACAUCCACAGCAAUAGGAAUUCUCUUCACAGCAGUAGUAGCUGCAACAACGAGUGAGUUCCCCAAGAUAUUUUCCAACCAAAAAGAAGUCAUAACAGAGACGUCGAAGCUCGGUUACUUUCUCGCGGCUACAAUCUUCCUCAAUAGUAUCCAACCAGUUCUUCAUGGGGUGGCAGUUGGUGCAGGAUGGCAAUUCUUCGUUGCCAUAGUGAACAUCGGAUGCUACUAUGUUUUGGGCCUUCCAAUAGGAGCCUUGCUUGGAUACAAGUUCAAGCUCGGUGCACUUGGCAUUUGGAUUGGCAUGCUGAUUGGCUGUCUAAUACAGACUGUCGUGCUUCUCUUUAUUAUCUUUCGAGCGAAUUGGCGAAAGGAGGUUCUGAAGGCCGAGACGCGCAUGAGAACAUGGGACGGACCAUCGGAACCUCUAGAGGCUACACCAGAACCCAAUGAAACAAGCUGACUCAAUACAUAAUAUACACACUGAUUUUGCAACAAAACCUUGCUUUCAAUUUUCUUCUUCCUUUUCUGAGUUUGAAUCACAUAAAAUUGUACGGAUGAAGAUAAGUAAGUUGAUACAAGAUGGUCACGGCCGCUAUGCAGUCAAAUGCAUAAACCUAUGAUAGUGUUAAUGUCAUAAUAUCAUGACGGAGCCCUUGGGUUA